AUUACAUCAAGGAUGGUUUGUAAGAAUCGCUUGAACAUGCCAGAAGAGUCCGAGAUUGGCUGGUUGUGUGAAGCUCUGACCUGACCUGGUUCCCGGAGUGGAGUAUUACCCCCCUUCCUCCCUCCGCCUUCACCGUCACGAGGUGAACAUCAUCACACACAGACGCGAAGGCUCUACUUAAACAGCGCAUCGCGCUACGGGGAACUAUAGUUUCUCUUUCCCGUGCGGGGUCUAUGAAUAUGCGGGUAACGACUACACGAUACGGGGCGAUGGAUGGAAGGGUAGUCAUACUAGUCGCUGCCCUUAUUGCUUUAACACACCCGGCCACACCUAUACCCGUGGGGGAAAAGGAGACGUGUCAUACACCUGUAGGUCUUGCUUCCGACGCCUUGGAUCCAUUAGUGGACUUCGAACUGGCAGCUUCUGACGGCAACGCCAGCAACGUCAGGUUGAAUGGGCCGUCGUCGUGGAAGGUGCACAGUCUCAGCAACGAGCCAUUUGUACAGGUGACACUUUCUAAACCAAUGUUGAUCACAGGCAUCCAGACCCAGGGAGACCCGGAUGAAGGUGCCUGGGUGGUGCAGUUCCGGGUCGCCUACAGCAGGGAUUGUGAAGCCUACACAAGCGGAGACUCGUCGUACUGGGCAAACAUCAACAACAGCACAACGUUGACACAUUUCUUCCACAACCUGACACUGGCCAAAUGUAUGCGGAUUUUCCCAACCCAUUUUGAGGGCCCCUUCUCUGCCCUCCGACUUGAACUGCUCGGCUGUGAUAUAGAAGAAUGUACAGCUAAGUUAAACGUUUAUGCAAGCGAAGUUAUACCGCCAGAGAUUGGAAACCAGCCUGGCAUUCAAAUCAAGCUUACUUCAGAAACAAUUUUGACGUCACUAGCCGUGACGUAUGAAGCACGUGCUCACGAGGAAGUUCAGCUGGAUCUAGAGUACAGUCGGUCAUGUGUCAACUAUACUGCAGUGGUCAACAGCCAGGUCACACAGUUGUACCGAAGCCCGGAGGAUGCCCCGCGCCAAGUGUCUGUGAUAGCCUUCUACACACCUGUCCGGGCGCAGUGUGUCAGGGUGACACCUGUCGGCCUAACGGUCCUGGAAUCCGUCAAACCAUACGGAUGUGAUGCCACAAUAACAGAAGGGACAUUCGCAGAGUGCGGACGAACGAGGAAGACGUCGGGCAUCCGCCGGAAGCGCGUGGUCGGCGGUAACCCUGUGACCCCUGGUGAUUGGCCUUGGUUGGUGUCCAUGCACUUCCUCAAGUGGCACAACUUCACCAACUCCUCGGGACUUAAACAUCUGUGCGGUGCCAGCCUCAUCGGACGGGAGUGGAUCCUGUCUGCCGCUCACUGUUUUGACCCGCAUGUGUUCAGCGGUUUGGAUGACCCCGCCAACUGGCGCGUGGCUCUGGGAGAGCAUGACCAGAGCUCUGCCGACGGCACAGAACAGCUGAUGGAGGUAGAAAGUAUCACGAAGCAUCCAAACUUUACAAUUUCUGGCAAUGACCCCAUCCUGUUCGACAUAGCGCUGUUGAAACUGAAGCGACCGGCAGUGUUGUCAGACUACGUCAACCUCGUGUGCCUCGACAGGAUCGGGGACUUCCCCACGGGCUCAAGGUGCAUCGUCUCGGGGUGGGGACAGGACACGACAGAAACGCCGGGAACAAAACUGCCAUUUAUGACUUUCCUGCCAAUCAUGGACGCUGAUGCAUGCCGGGACAAGUACAACGCACUUCCGGAGGAUCAUAUGGCACGAACGGUAGUGCGGGUGGACGACUCGGUGUUUUGUGCAGCAACCGAGACGGGAGGCCAAGAUGCAUGCUAUGGAGAUUCGGGGGGACCGUUCAUCUGUGAGAAGGACGACCAAUGGUACCAGGUGGGUAUAGUCUCCCUCGGCUACAUCUGCGGUGACCUUCAAUACCCCGGCGUCUACACCAAGGUGGCCCACUACAAAGACUGGAUCGAAGACACCAUCGCCAACUACAACUACACCAACAACUGAGGACAACGUCAUCACUCAGCAGGGACCUUGCGAACGCUAUAGCCAUAUCUGAAACGAAGCUACCAGAAAGGUAGACCAACGACCUCGACUGAGACGCUGGAUGAUAGGAUUUACCUCAUAAACUCCGAUGAUCUGAAGCUGAAUCAUGAAUCAUCACCUCACCUUGAAUCAUCUCGCAUCAGCUGUAGAUGUAUAUACCAUAUACAUAAUGCCUGGCUGACCUCGGUAUAACAUCAGUAACUCGUAGCCUGGUGUUCAGCCUGCUGAUGCCCAUUGGAAUUUUCAUCGUCAUUCUUGCUGUGUCACAUAAUGCUUUAAGUACAAGCAGCUCGCCACGGCCGCGCAUAAUUGCCGUUGUGGUCGUUACCGUAAUGAAGAGUGGGGAGGGAGUUAACGUUCCCGGACAACGCACCAUACCAGAAGGAAGUCCUGGUGAGAUGGGGAGAAUGGCGGAGGAACUGGGGGGAUGAUGAACACGAUUUGAUGGCGUAUUAAGAUAUUUUCCCAAUCUACCCUUGGCGUAUCUGGUAGACCGUGCCAAAGACAACUGGUAUUAUCAAGCAGGAUUGAGAAGUACAAGAGCCCGUUAUAUGGAGGUAUCUGGAUGCUGUUAACGUUGACAAUAGCGCAAACGUACAAUGCUUUGCUAUAGGAUACUGAAGAGUGGUUAGAUAUAUAGAACUUGAGAAGAGUUGUGUGUGAUGAUACGUCUUGAUGCAGUGUCUGGUAAGUCGCUUACCAGAGUUACCUCCCCUAGAUGCGCCAUGAUCCUCCGAUCGUGCUAUAGAAUCCUAGCUUCGAACUGAUACUGGUCUCGGGUUCUCAGCAUCACCAAAGUAGUGAGCGACAGAGCCUCCUUCGGACCUCUAACGUUACGUUCGCACACCGUGAUAUAACUAAAACACUAUUCACAGCCCUGUUGUAACACCGUUACUUCAUCCUAUAAACCUAGGUUAUAUACGCUGGUGCUAUUAUUUAAGCCGCUAUGUGUUAAGUGCACGACAGAGAAUAGCAGUUGGUAUAUGAGUGUUGUCGAUUGAGGGCACAUGUGUAUGCAGGAUUAAUGCACAUGAAGUGCCCAGGAUGAGGUCGCAUCUCCUUUAAACAUACCAAACAUGCCUGAUAUACACAACUCAAAAAGUUUAAGAACACUCGAUUAGUUUUCAUAUGACUAUGGUUAAUAUGUCAUGUCGAAUGAAAAAAUGGAGUGUUUUUUUACUUCCUUAGAGUGUCAAGGGUUUUACACUGAUGUGGUAUCAAUCUUGAAUCGGAUGAAUAAAACAAACUGGGAACCGUCUUCGCUGUGACUGGAUCGCUAAAUUGUAGAUCGACAUACUAUUCAACAAUCGAUAGGGAUUCUGGUAUCUGAUGGUACCAGCCUGAAUUUGUACGUACGCAUAUGUUUACUGCUCAGCCUGUGUAAGAAUCUUUGGUGUGGACAUUCAGUGGAAUCAAACCAUUGCCUUUGAAUAGGAAACUCCCCGGCGUGUACAGACUCAUGCACGGUCAUUUCUUACGUUAUGGAUUAAUAUUAAAGGAUUAUUUGGGUAGGUUUAAAUAAUAAUUUAAUAUAAAUGUGAAACUCUAAAUUGGAAAAUUGGGUCAAGGGAUUUAUUCACUAUUAUGUGAUGCGUAACCUUCCACCAGUGCUGGGGCGGUGGGGUAGCCUAAUGGUUAAAGCGUUGGCUCGUCACGCCGAAGACACGGGUUCGAAUCCCCACAUGGGUACAACGUGUGAAGCCUAUUUCUGGUGUCCCCCGCCGUGAUGUUGCUGGAAUAUUGCUAAAAGCGGCGUAAAACCAAACUCACUCAGUCAGUCCACCAAUGCUGUCGAUCGCGUUGAAUAUGCACGUCCGGGUCGUGUUUCUUUUAAGUUUGUUUAGAGUACUUAUGUCUAUGUCAUUGAAGCUGUAAUCGUGUCAUGACGUUGGUACAUACUCCUCGCAAAACAACUGUUAGCAUUCAGUCGUAAUCAACCACCAUCUGGACGCGUAGUAAUGUCCCUACCAAAAGUUGAGCUGUAUGUAUAAUGAGUGUUUGAGGUCAUGUUUCGAUGGCAUCUUAGUGAUCUGUUUAUGGAGAUGAAGGAUGCUGAAAAUUAGUUUGGACAACUGAGACGUCUGUUGGCAGUGUUAUUCUUUAACGGUUCGUGAACAAACGGGACUGGUAAUUGAUUGUACGUGUGAGGGAUGCCUUUCAAUUAUGACGUCAAUGAUGACGGAACUAGUAGACACAACACAAUCAAGAAUGUCAGUCGUGCAUAGCGUCAGUAUCAUAUGCCUUGGCAAACCCAUUAGAAACACAACCUAUUUGGCCGCCAUUAUGUAACUGGUUUCUUUACUGGGGAAAGCAAACGCUUGAGCCAAUCAUUCUCUAAGGUGCUGUAGACAGAACCCAGUCCGUGUUUGUGCGUCGCUUAGUAUGAUGCCCUGUUGUGGAGCUCAACAUGCCAAGCCGGAUAUCGGUAAAAUUUGCUUUACGAACAAGGCUCGAAUAUAGUUAAAACAAUUUUGUUUUUUGGAGUAAAUUUUGUUUUGACAUUUUAGGAAAUGACUUGUUUGUUAUAUUCUGUUAAAUAUGAAUUAGUAUGUAUGCAGAAGGGAGAAAAAUGCACAAAUCAUGUUUAUGUAACAUUUGUUUUAUGUAAUAUUUGUUUUAUACCAUUUUAUAUUGAUGUUGAAAUGUAUACAUAUACAUAUACAUGUACUUCUCUUCAUGUUGUAAAAAGUUAUCAUUGGUGAAUAAAAUCGUUACAUAAUUUUCUAAAA